AUGGAAAACUUUUCCACUGUUGAAUUCAUUACCCUCUCUGGAUUACAAGGAUUAGGGGGAAAUAGAUCAAUCUACUUCACCUUGACUCUUCUCACCUACCUGCUGAUUGUUUCGGUGAAUUUCACUCUCAUUUCCACAAUAGUUAUUGAAAAAACUCUCCAUGAACCUAUGUAUAUAUUUCUGUGUAAUUUAUGUGCUAAUAGUCUAUAUGGGACUGCAGGUUUCUACCCAAAAAUACUACUGGAUCUCCUCUCUAAUGUUCAUAAGAUUUCAUAUAAUUUAUGUUUACUACAAUUAUUUGUCAUCUACACUUCUGUGUUGUGUGAGAUUCCUAUUCUAACAGUAAUGGCUUAUGACAGAUAUGUAGCAAUAUGCAGGCCAUUAGAGUACCACACAGUUAUGACUCCUCUCAUGGUUAAGACAAUGCUCCUUUUUUCUUGGUGUGUUCCACUUUCUUGGUGUUUUUUCAAUCUUUUAUGUACCUUCAGGCUGCCUUUGUGUGGUUCUCACAUCGACAAACUGUACUGCGACAACUGGUCAGUUGUGAAGCUUUCCUGCGUACCAACUACAGUCAACAAUGUUCUCGGGUAUGUUGUAAUAGUUUCUGAGAUAAUACAGGCACUUUUCACUUUAUAUUCUUACUACUGCAUUGUGAGGGUGUGUUUGAAAUCGAAGGAAGGGAAAAGAAAAUUUAUGCAGACUUGUCUGCCACAUUUAAUGGCAAUGGUGAAUUUUGUCAUUGCAGCCCUGUUUGAUAGUAUGUAUAACAGAUAUGGAUCUGCUAGCAUUCCUUUGAGUCUGCGGAACAUUAUGGCUGUUCAAUUCCUGGUUAUCCCCCCUCUUUUCAACCCCGUAAUUUAUGGCCUCAACUUACAAAAAGUACGGGCCAUCUUAUUCAGAUACUGUGAAAAAUAUAAUGUUUCUCAGAGGCCCAUAGAAAGAAACUUUUAG